UGGAAUACUGUCAAAACUAUUGAAUACUCUGUCAAGUAAAUAAGUAUUGUGAAAUAAUAUUUUCUUUUGAAAUGUAGAAAUAAUUACAUGGGUAUAACCAAACAAUGGAUUUCUUUCUGGUAUCGUUUAUGAUUCUGUUUUCAUGCACAUAUACAAAUACUCUUCAUGAAUUUUACAACUGUGACUGCGCGGAGUUGGAGACAAUAGACUUUGCCUUACAUGCAUGCUCGGCGAGUCAUGCCACAUACACAUGCAGAGGCAGCACAGAAGAGGCCGUCCGGUACUGCAAUAACGGGACAUGGGGUGACCUCGAUUUUCAAUGCAAUGACGAGAACGAGGAUAUCGAAACAACUGAUGCUGCUAAAACAAUAAACACACCACAAACAGGCUUGAUGAAAGCAGAUAGAGAAACAAAGCGAACACCAGUUGGAGCAAUUGUUGGACCAAUAGUGGCUUUGUUGGUUGGUGUGGUCUUGGUCGGUCUGUUCCUGUUGUUUAAAAGGAGGAAAAAUAGAGAGACGGACAAUGGUAUGAAUGGUAUGACAAACGAGCUAUAUUGGGGACAGUCAGCAAGACCACACCAAGAUACACAACCAGGUAUUGGUAUUGCCGAACUCAACAGGAGAGAGGAUGGAACAGACGAAAAACGUAGUUUUGAUAAUGCAGAAUAUUUUAGAACACAAGAAAUCAUGGACAAUAUAAAUGUCGGAAAUACGGAUCUUAAAGCAUGUGAUGGUGACAUGGAACACAGAACUGUUGGGAAUCAGUACGGAACUGCUGAUAACACAAACACAUCUGGGUUUGGCUCUAGCGAUGGCAAAUAUUUCAACAACGUUUAUGACAAUGCAAAGGCACACCAGUGUUAAGAGAUAAACCCCGGCAGUGGCUGACCCAUCAAUGUAUUAGUCAUGUGUAACCUCUAACAUCUGAGUACUAAGUCGAACCGUCGCCGAAAACUACAAUUUUGACGAAUAUAUUAUGCAGACAUAAACACAUUCUCAAGCACUCCGGGAGAUUGUUUAAGUAUUUUGGGGAGCAGAUAUAAGAUUUUUUUUGAUAGCCGGGAGUGUAUGAACUAUAUAUUUGUAGCAUCCAUGGGACACAUUG